AUGAAUAUUCAAGAGGACCUUCUUACACGUGAAUACCAACUCCAGAACAAAUCGGAUCCCAGUGUGCUGUCCGAGUUCUACCUCCCGGUUCUGGAGUCGCUCGUUGUCAUAAACAGUGCCCUGGAUACUUUGGCUCAAGAAGGGGAUGGAAGGAAUAGGGAAAGAGAACAAGUGCAACAGGUCAUAGAGGAACAAGUAACACAGAGUCUACAGAUCGUGUCCUUUUGGACGGAGUGUGCGGACGAGAGCGUCAGGGAGGGAAGCCUGUCCCAGUGGGCGAAUACGACAGUCUUCGAAAAUGAAAACAAAAAAGUAUCGGCUGCUGUUGAUGACAUAAUUAAAAAAACGGAGCAGGAUAAAUCCGGAUUUCUGGACACACUGAAGAGCAGUGUAACCGUGGUAACUCAGAAAAUUAACUUACUGAUGGACAUAGCUCUGGAAAGUUCAAGGAAAAACCUGAUCAGAAUAGAGCUUGAUGGUCGUGUAUCUGAAUCUGUAAUAAACUGUGUAAUAACUUGCCCGUGGGGAUAUCAAGAGCGUGUGGAAAAAAUGCCAUCGCUAGAUACUUUUCAAACAAUGGAGACUAACAUUUACUGGUUUGAAAGCGACAUUGAAGGACAAAGAAAAAGGUGCUGCGUCACACUCGGUGUUGGACAACCAAUUACCUUUUAUGUUGCAAGCAAAGCUGUUAAACAUAUAGCUGACACAGUGCUUCAGGCAAAGGUACUAUGUGAUGGAAAAUGGAGUCUAUCCGAGACUCAGUGUCAGGGUGAGUACGUCAUGUUUCGAUCAGAAAAGGUGGAGGCAUUUUUUAUUCUUGGAACACCUAAAGAAAGAGACUUCAUUGUGAAUCCCACCGGAAGUGAAUACAUCCACAGGACGGACAGGCGUGUUCGAUUGAAUAUACCAGAAGGGGCUGUAAAAGAAACGGAAAACUUUAAGAUCACGGUGUUUCCAGUAAAAGUGGAAGAAAUGAAAAAAAGAAAAAUAAUGUUCCCAGAACAAUAUCAGUUUCUCUCUGUCACAAAGGGAAUACACGUAGAGGCAAAAGAACUCAGCAAGGAAGUUGAAGUUCAUCUACCAAUGGAAAAGCUUGACGAGGCCGAAGAAACAGACAAUGACUCACUAGAUAUGGAAUAUGUGUAUUUCCAUAUAAAUGGUGACAAAGUUACUCAACUGAAAAACCAGCCCAUAGAAAGAAGAGGGGAUACUAUCAUUACAAAUGUGGCAAAAUUUAGCACUUAUAUAGGUGCCAGGGUUAGGCGCGGAAGUGUAGAUAGCAUAAGCAGCAUGGAGGUCCUCAUAUCACUGGGAUUUAUGUACCAUUGUAAGCUCAUCACAUUUCUGAAGAAAGUUUCCGAGGAAUACGUCCAAAUCUGGUGCGAACUGGUCAAAAAAGAAGACUGGAAAUCACUAGAAAAGAAACGCUUGGAGGAGCAUACCAGUCUAAGAAAACUUAAAGAUUCUGAUUCAAAGGACAUCUUCAUAGCGGAGCGUCAGCGACUUCGAGUUGAUGUGACCGGAAAUUCGUUUGUUGGGCCAGAGGUUCCGAAAAAUUCGCUUUUGAUAACAUUCUUUCCAAUAGCGGAAGAUAAUCACAUUUUUCCACCUCUUCGAAAGAGAGGGGGUAUGCAUGGCGUGGCUUUUUCAUCCAUCACAUAUAGCAUGGAUUCAGGGAGAAAGAUGGCUUUACAUACCGUAACUUUUGAUCCAUGGAACUUACCAAAAACGAUCCGAAAGGUUCCAGAACUAUCUCUAAGGGCGUCAACGCAAUCUUCAAAUUCAAUACAAGAAUCAAAGCCUAAGGAAAAUGUAGUUAUAAAGGCCAAACCAAAACCCAGUGAACGUAAUUUGAAACAAAGUUCAGAUACUCAAAAAGACCAAUCAAAUGUGGCCUCGUCCUCUGGGUCUGAAGCUACACGUGCACAGGUGGCAAUUCCAUCGGGUCAGCAGGCGUCUCCCCCAAAAAAGAACCAAGACUAUUACCUACAACAUUUUGAAGAGUUCUUGGAAGACUUUAGCAUCGCAUUUGUAAAGGAUAAAUGUCGGGAGAAUGGGAUAGACAGUUUGGAAAUCUUUCUUUUGCUUGGAAAAGACGACCUUAUGAAUGUUUUAGGCUUAGUUCUGGGAGACAGUUUAAAAUGCAUACAGGCCCAAAAGAAAUAUCGUGAAUUAGACAUCUGA